GGCCCGCGCUCCCCGCGCCGCCCUCCCCGCGAUCAUCGAUCCUUGGGGACUGCGCGGCUGGGCCGAGGCCGAGGCUGUCGAGAGGCCGUGCGCCGGCAACUCGGGCGGCGCGCUCGAACGCCGUGGCGGGGAAGGGCUCCGCGGCCGGCGCCGCCCCGCUGCCCCGCCGCUCGCCGCUCGCCCCGCGGGCUGCGCAGGCGGGGGUGUGGCGGGCCAUGUCAGGCACGGGCCCCUCGGGUCUCGAGCUCCUGGUCGACGAGAAGCAGUUCAACGAUCUGCUCGCGCAACAGCGCGGCGCGCUUGCGACCCUGAAGCAGGGGGUCAACGUCGGCCUCUUCAUCUGCUUUCUCACGCUCUACACGGCGCUGGCUCUCGGCGAGCCGCUCGGCGAGUUCCGGGCCUUCGAGGGGUACAUCCGCAGGCGUUUCGACAGAGAGGCUGCCAUGCCUAUUGCGAAUGUGGAUUCAACAAGUACGUUUUGGAAGUACAUGACCCGUACUAUAGUACCUGGCAUCUACGGCAACGACACGUCCAUGUAUUUCACGGACGACUAUGUCGUGGAGAAGCUUAUGCUCAUCGAGGGGGCCAACCGCUUGUAUGGAACGGUUCGCAUGCGCAUGUUGAAGACGCAGAGCAACCAGGGUUGCAAGGUCUCCGACAGCUUCGCUGCAACGUUCUCGCACUGUUACGGCCGCUACACCGAAGAACUCGAAGACCAAGUGAGCUAUGGACCGUUAAACUUCGUCGGGGAAGCUGAAUUUGGUUAUCGAUCAGUAGAGGGUUCAAGAAUCUGUGGCAGCCUCGCAUGCUAUGGGCCUGGGGGCUUCAUGGAGGCGCUGACGUCGAACUACAAUGUGUCCAAGACGAGGCUUGCGUACGUGGAAAAUGCGGGCUGGAUCACCACGGGCACUCGAGCGGUGUUCGUUGACUUCACAGUCUUCAACCUCAACGCCGGGUACUACGCGGUGUGCAACAUACUGUUCGAGGUCGCACCGAGCGGGCACUGGGUGAACACCUUUCGCGUUCAUGUCCUGAUGGAGCGACACCUCGCGCCGCUGGGUUCUGGGGUCAUGAGCGACUGGAUGACUCUUGUCGGCGAGGUUGUACUCCUGACCUUCGUCUUUCGUCAGAUCAUGGAGGAGGCGUCGGAGUUCAUCGGGUUUCGCAACCGGGGGGGUGGCAAGAUCAAGGUGCCGCGUCUCAAGAUGGAGUAUUUCAGGGACGCCUGGAACAUCCUGGACUGGCUGAACCUCGUGCUCAUCAUCGUGGUAUUCUUGAUCAGGGUGAUCACUUGGGGCAAGACGCCGGAGGUUGGCAUCCUUUUCAACGAUGCAGCAGGCCAGGGUGUGGACACUUUUGUUGACUUCACCCCCGUUGCGAGGAACGUGCGGACCAUCAGGGAGAUGAUCGCCUUCAACGCCGUGCUCACCUGGUUCAAGGCAGUGAAGUACAUCGAUGUUUUCCCUUACAUCUCUAUGUUGAUGCAAACGGUGCUGGGCUCGCAGAAGCAGUGGUUCACAUGGUUCAUCAUCUUCUUCACCUCGCUCAUUGGCUUCGUCCUCGCGUUCACUUUUGCCUUUGGAGCUGAAGAGCUCGAGUUCAGCUCGCCUUGGAAGACCUUCGUCUUCUUGGUGCGAGGCCUCCUGGGAGACUCGGACAUGACCAGCGUGCAUGACGCCGCCCCGUUCACGGGGUCCCUGCUCAUUAUCGCAUUCGUUGUGAUAAUUUUCUUCACCGUGGUGCCGCUGUUCGUCUCCAUCAUGCUGGGCGCCCUGCAGGACUCCAAGCUCACGGAGGAGCUGAAGCAGGAGAGGCAGUGGCGGGAGCUCGUUGAGAGCACGCACAACUUCGCCGAGACAGUGUCUGCCACAUUCAGGCUGGAGGAGCGCCUGAGGGAACAGAUGCCCGGGCUGUACUACCGCUUCAGGAACUGGAAGAGGAAGAAGCUCGAGCUGGAGAUCCAGCGCGACGAGGCCUACGAGCAGCGCCAGGCCAAGGCCGUGCCGUUCGACGACGCUCAGGGACUCGGAGCCGACAGCCCCAGCUGGGGGCGCUGCAGGGUGGCCAAGGGGGUAAUGGUGCAGAACGGCGGCGAGGACUCGGGCUCCGAACCAGACCUCGGGCCCCUGAUCCACGCGAGCCAGCUCGUGGUGGGCGACGGGAGCGGCCGCCGGGGCAGCCAAGGGUCCCUGGACAGCCUGGACAGCGGAGCCAAGGGACCGACGGCCACGGAAGAGGAGGUGGUCAGCCUGGUGCUGGACGCGGCGAGGCAUGUCGCCAGCGGCGUCGUGGGGCAGUCGGAGGCGGCGCGGUCCCUGCUCUUCGCGGAAAUGACCGAGGCGAGGGACAUCUUGCGGAACGUCGCCGCCGUGACCGAGGUGCUCAAGGGGAGGGCGCGCGACAUGGAGGCGCAGCAGAAGAACUUCACCAGGCACUUCUGACGGGGGCCGUGCGGACGUCCUGCCCGAGGGUGCAGGCGCCGCCCGCCCGUCGCUGUCUUGACACCGCGCGCUCUGCGGAGCUCGUGGAGUCAUCCACGGUUUUUCAAGCCCGCCACCGAACUUUUUUUUCACCCACUGCCUUGGAGCCGUGCCCUUGGGAUCUCAAGGACCUCUCGACGAGAGGCGGGCAUGUACCUCUCGGACCUCUCGACCGUGAAGGGGGCAUGAAUACAGUCGGACCAAG